AUGCCUAUUCUUCGUUGUCGUCGUUAUGUGCAGCAAAAGUGCAACGACGCGGUCAACUACUUCAUAGCGGGAGCUCCAGCGAGAGAGCAGUCAUUUUACCCCUCCCUGGCACAGCUUAGGCGCAAAGUGCAGGAGCUGUACGAGGACGUCGGGGUGCCACUUGACAUGUUCAACCGGGUGAUGGCGGAGAAUCCCGAGCGCGAGCGCAUCAUGCUGCAGAAGAUGUCGGAGCGCCGUUGCAACAUCUACGCGGUGGUUAAGCCUUACGCGCAUGGCCCUGGUGGCUAUAUCACCGAGAACAAAGUCGCGAUGCUUGCGAGCGAGAACAUUGCGCCAUCGCGUCGCCGCACGCCUGCAGAGUGGCACGCCCACUUUCGGGAUGCCCAGAACCGCACGAGGGCAGCCGCGCUGCUGGCAGCAGCACAGAGGAAGUGGCUGGCGGAGUGCCGGGCGCGGUUUGCGGCGUUUGAGUUUCCAGCGGCAUGCACGGACAGAGUGACGGUGCAGUGGGAGGAUGUGGAGCGAUUGAAGCCAGAGCAGUUUCUCAAUGACACCCUCAUUGACUUCUUUCUCAAGCAUCUGAAGGUGCAGGCGUUGGAGCAGGGCCGCAUCGCCUGCUCCCUUGCUGGGCCCGACCAAUCACUGCCUCCACCACCACUGCCCCCAGCAGCAGCAGCAGCAGCAGCAGCAGCAGCAGCAGCAGCAGUAGCAGCAGCAGCAGCAGCAGCAGCAGCAGCAGCAUCAGCAGGUUGUGGGAAGGCAGGUGGUGGCAAGCAGGCAGGUGGGGCGAGGCAGCCGCCCCCUAGAGUGCAUUUCUUCAACAGCUUCUUCUUCAAGAUGCUCAUCGGCGGGGAGAAGGACGACCCCUUCCCUCCCACCCGCGCUGCUGCUGCUGCUGCCACCCGCGCCAGUGCUGAUGCUGCCGCUGCAGUGGCAGAGGCAGCGAGGGAAGGAAGUGGGGGGGAGGAGGGGAAGGCGGCGCACUGGCGGGUGCACAAGUGGACCAAGGGGGUCAACCUCUUCGCCUGUGACUUUGUCUUCAUCCCUGUCAAUCUCAGGUACCUCCAGGAGGAGUACCUCGUGCGCCACAAGGUGCCCCUCACGCCUGCGCUCAGGAACGCCUUCCUCCGCCUGCCUGUGUUUCGCCCCAAGGUGCCCCAGCAGCCGAAUCUGAGUGACUGUGGGGUGUUUCUGCUGCUGUACGCGCAGGAGCUGCUCUCUCACAUGCCGCACACCGUCUGCCGUGCCGCUGCCUGCGACCAGUGCAAGCAAGUGGUCUUCAACUCCUUCCUCUUCAACUCCUUCCUCUUCAACUCCUUCCUCUUCAACUCCUUCCUCUUCAACUCCUUCCUCUUCAACUCCUUCCUCUUCAACUCCUUCCUCUUCAACUCCUUCCUCUUCAACUCCUUCCUCUUCAACUCCUUCCUCUUCAACUCCUCCGUCUUCAACUCCUUCCUCUUCAACUCCUUCCUCUUCAACUCCUUCCUCUUCAACUCCUUCGUCUUCAACUCCUUCGUCUUCAACUCCUUCCUCUUCAACUUCUUCACUCUGCCUGCACGUGCAUGCACCCUUCCAUUGUCACCCGUUUUGCACCUUCCGUGCUCACACCCAACCAGUUCUCCCAUACCAGUCCCUUCCAGCCGACCCCACUGUCCUUCCUCUACCACGCCCAUGGGGGCCGCCAUCCACCGCACCGUGCUGCUGCGAGCUGGGCUGGCAGAUCUGGUGGCGCGCGCACCCCAGCGCGAGGAGGCCGUGGUGAAAAAAGAGGAGGAGGGGGAGAGGGACGGGAGAGCAGGAGCGGUGGGAAGAGAGAGGUGCUUGAAAGAGGUGCCUCCUGGUGGGAAGGAGGAGGAGGGGGAAGAGGGGGAUGUGGUGGAGGUGACAGCUGUGGGGAAGAGGAGGCGGGUGAGAUUGGCGGGGAGUGGCGCACAGGGGUGGGCGGAUGGUAGUAGGGAAGACAAGAAGGAAGGACAGAGGGGACAGGUUUCUCGGAGCUGGUUGUCCGAUGAGGUUGAUAUGGCGGAGGCGAGACGACGGCAGGGAGGAGAGGAAGAGAAGGAGGAUGGGCGAAUGGAAGAGGUGGGGUUGAGGGGUGGUGAGCAGGUGCGGGUGCCAAGGGGAUGCGGAAGAGAGGAGGAGAUGGGGGAGGAGGGAGGACAGCAAGGGACAGGCGAGGCGCAGGGAGAGAGCGGCAGAUGUAAGGAGUCGUAUUGGGUUCGAGGUGAUGCAGGUCAUGAGGUGGCAUGCGGAGAGCAUGAGCUGGCACGUGAAGGGCAUGUGUUGAUGAGUGAUUCACCGAACGAUGAUGAUGACACUGCUGCUGCUCUUCGUGCUCUUCCUCAUCCUCCGCCUCCUCCUGUUGCCGCUGCUUCGGCUGCUGCUGCUGCUGCUGCUGAAGAUGACAAUGAUGGUAAUGGCGUUGCUGUUAGCAAGGCGUGUGGUGGCACCGGUGUUAUUGCUUACAAGCGACGUAGUGGGCUGGGGAAUGAACACGCUGUUGUAGCAAGGAAGCCUGGUGAGGGUGGGAAGGCAUGUGGUGGUGGUGGUGUGGCUGCUACUGCUGCGACUGCUAAUGACGAUGACAAUGAUGGUAGUGGCGCUGCUGCUGGCAAGGCGUGUGGUGGCACCGCUGUUAUUGCUUACAAGCGGCGCCAUGGGCAGGGGGGAAAACACGCAGCUGCCAGCGACGGUGGUUAUGCUGGAGCAAGCAAUGGCAAGACAUGUGGCAUGAGAGACGGGACGAGAGAAGGGACAAGAGGUAGGAGGAGAGAAGGAAAACGGUUGAAGAUUGAUCAGGUGGCACAUCAAGCAGGAAGGGAGGAAGAGGAAUCAGAGGGGCAGAAGCAAGGGGAAGAGGCGAGAGAACGAGGGAAACAAGAGAAAAGAGGCGUAGGAGGAGGAGGGGAAGGAGGAGGAGGAGGAGGAGGAGGAGGAGGAGGAGGAGGAGGAGGAGGAGGAGGAGGAGGAGGAGGAGGAGGAGGAGCAGGAGGAGCAGGAGAAGGGAAAGGAGGAGGGGAAGGAGGAGGAGCAGGAGGAAGAGGAGGAGGGGAAGGAGGAGGAGGAGGGGGAGGAGGAACAGGAGCAGGAGGAGGGAAAGGAGGAGGGGAAGGAGGAGGAGUAGGAGGAAGGGAGGUGGGGAAGGAGCAGGAGGAGGAGGAGGAGGAGGAGGAGGAGGAGGAGGAGGAGGAGGAUGAGGAGGAGGGGGAGGAGGAGGAGGAGGAGGAGGAGGAGGAGGAGGAGGAGGAGGAGGAGGAGGAGGAGGAGGAGGAGGAGGAUGAGGAGGAGGAGGAGAAGGUAAGCUGCCUCGGCAUAUUGCGUGGCGUGCAGGGAAGUGAGGUCGCCAGGGAGGUGAUGCGUGGAGCACGGACGGAGCCAGUAUGGCUGGAGCGGGGACUACCCCCGCUUGCAUCUGAUGCCCCACUACUCUCAGCCAAUUUCUCCGUGUGUUUUGCCAACUCCCCCUUCACGUCAGCCAACUCCCCCUUCACCUCAGCCAACUCCGCCUUGACUGCUGCCAACUCUCUCACCCUCUCCUUCAUCGCAGCAGCAGCUGCCUCGUUCCUCUCCUCCGCAACGGCCAGCAUGUGCCGCAACUCAUUCACCUCCUCCUUGCGUGCAGCCAACUCCUCUAUCACUGGUGCCAGCGCCGCCUUUGUGAUCCACGGACUCAGCGCACUCAGCGCUCUCUCAGCAGCCAUUUAG